GGGCUGUGGUUUAACCCGCGGCGGCUGUGGCAGCGGCGGCGGCAGGGGCAGAUGGAGAAACUGAGACCCAGAGAAGGUUGCUUCUGGCUAUAAUCUUGGUCCUUGAUUCCAAAACACCUCCUUGGCCGAGUGGCUGGUGUUGGCUCACUGGAGGCCGGCACUGGUGUGGGGUCCUGGGGGACUUCCGAUUUCCCAGUGUCAGAUCUUCAGAAAGCUAACUACCUUCGUAAUGAUAAAACCAACAGUAAGGCUAUAAAAUGCCUAUCUAGAAAAGCUAAAAACAUAAACAGAGGAUCCUGUCAGCAGGAAGGAAGGCAAGAUGGAGACCCUGAAAGACAAGACCUUGGAGGAGCUGGAGGCGAUGCAGAAUGACCCGGAAGCCAUUGACCGGCUGGCCCAGGAGUCCCCCGAGGUCCAGGACCUGCAGCUGGAACGGGAGAUGGCACUGGCCACCAACCGGAGCCUGGCAGAGCAGAACCUGGAGUUCCAAGGUCCCCUGGAGAUCAGCCGCUCAAACCUCUCGGACAAGUACCAGGAGCUCCGGAAGCUUGUAGAGCGGUGCCAGGAGCAGAAGGCAAAGCUGGAGAAAUUCUCUUCAGCACUGCAGCCAGCAACCUUGUUAGACCUUCUGCAGAUCGAAAGCAUGAAAAUUGAAGAAGAGUCUGAGGCCAUGGCUGAGAAGUUCCUGGAGGGCGAGGUGUCCUUGGAAGCGUUCUUGGAGAACUUCUCCUCCAUGAGGAUGCUGUCCCACCUGCGCCGAGUCCGCGUGGAGAAGCUCCAGGAUGUGGUGAGGAAGCCCAGAGCUUCCCAGGAGCCCGCCAGCGAUGCCCCGCCCCUCCGCCCGCCUCUCCCUUCUCGCCCAGUCCCCCAGGCAACGCCCCCUGUGGCUGAAGAGCAGCCACCCGUGCCACUGCCACCGGCUGCGCCCACAGGGGUGCCUCUCUACCCUUUGCCCUACAGCCCGUCUCCCGGCUUGCCCGUGGGCCCCACUGCCCAAGGCCCGCUGCCGCCGGCCCCCUUCCCGGUGGUGUCGCAGCCCUCCCUUUCCUACAGUGGGCCUUUGGGUCCCCCUUACCCGUCGGCCCAGCCGGGACCCCGGGCUGCUGCGGGCUACUCCUGGUCCUCACAGAGGAGCAUGCAGCCCCAGCCUGGCUAUUCUGUGCCCACCUCUGGUGCCUCCAGCCCCGGGUACCCCUUGGCGGGGGGCCGGGCUCCCAGUCCAGGUUAUCCUCAGCAGCCCUCCUACCUCUCGACAGGAGGAAAACCUCCUUACCCAACGCAGCCCCCGCUCCCAGGCUUCCCAGGCCAGCCCCAGCCCUCGGGGCCCCCUCGGCCACCCUACCCCCCUGGGCCUGCGCCCCCCUAUGGGUUUCCACCACCUCAGGGUCCUGCCUGGCCUGGGUAUUAGACAGGGUCCUGGGCCUUGGCCCUUCCCUACUUCCACCUGUACCACACCUUUGGCCCACCUACUGCUGAGAUUCGAGGUUAAAUUGGAAGUGGAGUCGGCACUCCCCAAGGACUUGGGAGGGGACUGGGCUGGGAGCCUGCAGGCUCCGGAAAGGUACCAGGUGGUCGCGGCACUUCCUGGCCUCCCGGGGGAAGGGAGCGCCUCCUUCCAGUGACUGCCUUAGCCUGCCCGGUGCCAGCCAGGCUGGGAGUGCAGCAGCUCCCUGUGGCUGUCUGCAGGAGUGAGCUCUGCGUGUGUGACCACCUGCCUGUGUCUGCCCUCCUGGACGUCGGAACCUGGUGCAGACUUCUCUCUGUGCUGGAGGGCUGGCUGGUCCUCCGGCCCCUGCUCACCCCCUCCCCCGGGAUGCGUAUUCGAUGUGGUGCCCGCACCAAGCGAUGCAGGUUUUCGUGUCUCUGGUCCAUUCAAGGAAGGCCUGCCCCAAUGCACCAUGGCCAGGGCUGGUUCACAGGGAGAGGACAGAGUUGGGAAAAGCGCUUCGUGACUCUUCAGUCGCAUAAAGCCAUAACUGAGCUCUGGUGGGCUGGUGUCAGAGAAACUUGCUUUGAACGACAGCAGCUGAGCCAGUACAGUGAGAAGACUGGGGAUCGUGAGGGUGGACCCCAGACCUCGCUUGUGCUGGUUGGAAAGUCUGGGGGGGGCAGUGGCGGGAGGUGGCAGCUGUGGCCCAUGAGAUCGGGGUCACAUCGGGGGCUCAUUAGGAGUGGAGCGCCAGGUCGCCUCCUCAGCCUCCCUCCCUUCCCUGGGGCCCUCUGCUUUCGGUUGACUUUUUCCGAGGCCCACCCCACCCGUCCACUCCUUUAGUGCCUUGAAUCUCGUUAGCAGCAGCCCCUUCCCUCACCCGCUUCCUCUGGCUCCCUGGACGUAACCCUCCCCACCCCCAACAUCCCUCCUCAGACAUCAAAAGAUGCCCCAACAGUAACCUCCCAAAUGGUGCUUCCUAAAACACCAUCACUAUGUCAGAGUCCGUUUCUUUGCAUCUCUCUUGUCUUCAGAAUGUAAAGGGCAAGGAUUGUGACUCUGAGCCACAUGCAGCCCCCAGCACAUGGGGGGUUGUAAGCAUGUUCAGUAGUAAAAACAGACCAAAGGGAGUGUGAGGAACAAAGCAUUAACUUGGCUGUUCCAGAUGUGAACCAGGUCUCAAGGGCAGACCCUGGAGCUGCUACCAGUUAGGGAGUCAUAUGUGCCUUGAAAUGUCCACUACAUGAGCACCCAGAGUCUGGUGGCCUGGGGUGCUGGGGGCCAACGAGGAAAUGCGACCUCCUGGUGCCUGCCCCCGCCCAGCCUGUGUGCCACCAGUGGGUGCGCGGACGAGAUGCUCGAUUCGCGCUGUCGGUCCCUUGCCAACUGUGCUUGCUUCUCCUAAGUUAUUUAUAAAGAGAAAUCACUAAUGGACUCUACUGGUUCGAGUGCUUCGGAACUGGAUGAAUGACCACUUGUAUGUUGUAUAAAUAAUUGCCAUAAU